AGAUAAAGAUAAAUCUACGUGUUAUCUACCUACGUUAUCACAAAGUUGAUUCACACCCAAUUUUACUCGUCUCUUUGACGUACACCUACUACAGCACAAGCGUUGGAGAGAAUUUUCAAAAUGCGGACACAUAGCAUCCUGUAUUUCCUCGCUUUAGGAUUUUUAAUUCUCGGAGUACUCAUGGCUGAAGUAGAGGCAAGGCGUAAAAUUCUGCGCGGAAGAAAAACAAUCACUCGGCAUUAUUACAGCGGUCUUGCUAUUCCAGCUUGGUCUAUUGUCCUUUUUUGCGGUUUAGGAAUGCUAACACUUGGCGGAGGGCUCUACAUUCUACUUCGAAAAUUCGUCGUUAAUGGUACAGGUGAUAAUGAUAUUCGAUCUUACCAUCCAGCAAUGCAGGACGAAGUGUAAAACGAUCUUGCUCAUUUCAUUGCUUCAUUUGACAUUCCAAUUAUUCAUCACAUGAUCAAUCAAUAAUGCUAUGAUUGAAUAAUUAUUGUAAAAACAAUUGUCAUUAUUAACUUUUAUUUUAUAAUACAAACCAAUUUCAAAUGUG